AUGGCAGACCAAGCUGCAGACGGAGCCCCAGCCGUGCACACGGACGGCAGUCCCCUCCUGAAGGCCGUCUACCUGAGCCGCCUCCGCCUCACGCGCCUGCUGCUGGAAGGUGGCGCCUACAUCAACGAGAGCAAUGACCUCGGCGAGACACCGCUCAUGGUGGUCUGCAAGAGCAAACACGUGGACCAGCAGAGCGUCCCCAGAGCCAAGAUGGUGAGAUACCUCCUGGAGAGUGGCGCCGACGCCAACAUCCAGGACAAGAGCGGGAAGACGGCGCUGAUGCACGCGUGUCUGGAGCGAGCCGGGACGGACGUGGUGGCCCAACUCCUGGAGGGCGACGCCGACCCGAGCCUGGAGGACCACUCUGGGUCGUCGGCGCUGGUCCAUGCUGUCAACGCCAAGGACAAGGACACGCUGAGGAUGCUGAUGGACGCCUGCAAGGCCAAGGGCAAAGAGGUCAUCAUCAUCACCACCACCACCACGUCCAUGGAGAAUGUGGCCAGUGGUGGUGGUGGUGGGAAACAGGUGACCAAGCAGUAUCUGAAUGUCCCCCCAAUGGCUGCACUGGAGAGAUGGGACCAGCUGAACCCGCCGGCACUCUCCUGUACCUCGCCGUCCGACAUUGAACUGCAGACUUCGGAUGGUGGCAACAGCGCGACAAACCCUCCAGGUGCCGUGCCAAAGCAGGUGUUUUCGUUUCAAGACUGCAACGGCGUGACCAUCUCCCAGCCCAACUCGCCCUGCCGCCAGUGGGGCGAGCCGCGGAAAGUCCUGGAGAAGUCGGCCCACCACUUGCAGCGUCUGAACUCGGAGCCCUGGUUGCAGAUCCCCCCGUCCUUCCUGGCCCAGCAGCAAGGUCUCGCCACACCACCUCCCAUUGAAGACCUGCCUGACAUCUCUCCAGAGGAGGAGCUGCUGUUCAGAAUGAAGCAGAUGGCGUUUAGCAGUGGUCCCCUCACACGACACUGGAGCAUUGAUCUGAGAGAGGCUGGCGGUUUGAGCCAGGCAGGCAAGGUCAACGCAGACCAAGGAGAUGGCGGAAUCGGCACUCGAGUUUCCAGGCAGGAGUUUGGUUUGACUCCCGGACGAAAGAUGUCCUUCGAUGGCUUGUCUUCAUCGCACUCCCUCUCACACCCAAACCUUCACGCCAGGACCACAGCUGAGCCCGCGGCAGUGGCGUUGGACAGGGGGCCAGACAAGUCCCUCCCAAACUUAGCCGUUUCAAGCCUCCGCAACAUCAUCUCCAGACGGAACCUGGGAAUGGAGCACUACAACUCGGACUCUCAGCUGUCGUUCCAGAACGCGAACUCCUUGGAGGACUUGAAGGGUGCAGUGGACAGGAAGAGGCUGGUGACGUCUCGCUCCUCCACCCUCGUGGGCUCCCGGGACUCCCUGGAGGGCAAUCCGCUCGCACACGCACACGUCCCCCAGAGGAGACACCCCGUCAGUUUGGAGCAAAGGCUGUCCGCGGCCCAAUUGUCCGAUCUACCUUCUCUCCCUCGUCAAGGGUACCUUCCGCCGCUCAACCAACAUACCCUCAACCCUUGUAUGGUUGGAGUGAAUUCCACCUUGAAUACCCCUGCUUCCUCAACCAUGCUCGCAAACAACAGACUGGGGUGUGGCACACUGUCAGCAGUGAAGCCUUGCUACCCACCGCAGGCGCCUGCUGGCUUUCUGAAGGACCAGAAGAACAGGAGGAUGCUCCUGAGGAGGCACUCGAUGCAAACGGAGCAAAUCAAACAACUUGGGGACUUUACAGAGAUCUACGGACACUGA